AUGAUAGAUUUCCAAAAGGCGAUCAGUUUAAAUUGGUUCAUGUUAAAAAUAAUCGGUUUGUGGCCGCCAGACAACCGGGACUCGCGACAAAUUGUAAAACUAAAACUUCGACGGCUGUGCAGUUUCAUCACGUUACUUUUCGUAAUCACGAUACCGAGUUUAAUGUCAUUGAUUAAAGUAUGGGGUGACAUGAUACUAAUGAUAGAUAAUAUGCAAUAUAGUCUACCUCUGACGAUAGCGGUUUUGAAAGUGUGCAUUAUUUGGUACAAACAAGAAGUUUUAGCACCUCUUAUUGAUAUGAUUGAAAAAGAUUGGAUGAAAGUAAAGAUUAAAGAGGAGCAAAAAGUGAUGUUAAGGCACGCUAGGAUUUCUCGAGCGAUCGCUAUGUGCGCAUUGUCCAUGAUAUUUUUUGGAUUAAUCUUUAUAUUUGGUUUACCGUGGCUCAAAAUAACAAAGAGAUAUUUUACUAAUUUAACGGACUCUGGAAAACGUUUGCCAAUAUCAACAUACUAUCUAUACGAUGUAACCAAAAGUCCGCAAUUUGAGUUGACGCUACUAGCGCAAACAUUCGCAACGUUCAUAGCUGCUAUUUCUUCCACUGCAAUCGACAACUUGUUCGGUCUAUUAGUUUUUCACGUAUGCGGUCAAUUGGAAAAUUUACAUUUGCGAUUUUCGCAUAUGAAGAAGUAUUCCAACUACGAUGAUAUUUUGAAAUAUAACGUCCGAGAUCACAUUCGUUUGAUCAGAUCUAUCGAAGUUAUCGAUGAUUGUUUCAAUUUAAUGCUACUCAACCUGGUGCUUUAUUUUUGUAUAAUAUUUUGCCUACAAGGUUUUCUCAUCGUCAAUGUUAUUAAGCAAAAAGGCCAAUUAUCAGUUAUGCAGUUGAGUUGGUUUAUAAUAGCGUGCGUUUUCGUUUUAUUGCAUAUGUGCCUUUAUUGCGCUGUUGGUGAACUUUUAAUGACACAAUCUGAAAAAAUACAUCACGCCACAUAUGAAUACGGAUGGUACACUAUAGAACCAAAGGCAGCAAAGAACUUAAUAUUAAUCAUGCUGCGCGCGAAUAAACCACUUUACAUUACGGCUGGAAAAACAUUUCCCAUGACCAUGGCAACAUUUUGCAGCUUGUUGAAAACAUCGGCCGGUUAUAUAUCUGUGUUGCUUGCAAAUCAAGAUUGACAGGUAUAUUAUGCAUACAGAGCUUAUUUAAUUUUAAAUAAUAGUACAAUAUGUAAUAGACAACUAAAUUUCUCAUACAUAUGUUGUAAAAAAACGAAAAUGUACACGGAAAAAAUAACCUGGUUGAAUUAAUGUUUCUCUCAACAUAUGAAUUAACGUAAUAUAGUUCAAUAAGAUAAAAUUACACAAAAUUUCUGGUUAUUAUAACGAAAUAUUCUAGGAUAUUUAAUCAAAACAUUUAAGUACAAUAACUGUCAAACUUUGCGUAUAUGAUAACAUCCAAAUAUUUGGUUAUCAAAAUUAUAAAAAAAAAGAAUAUAGUGGGAUUAAUAUGAUAUAUAUAGCUAAACAAAUUAUGUAUAGUUAGUAAAAUACAUAUUAUGUAUGGUUAGUAAAAUUAAAUAUAAUAUUUAGUUAUUAUAAUUAAAUAUUCCAGAACACACAACACACAUUGAGGUGCAACAUUAAUCAUAAAUCAGUUACUGAGUAUAAUAAAAUACCAUAAAACCAAUAUAUUAUGCGCGCAAAUCUCCAGUAUUUGACUUUAUAUACUCGAAUUUAUAAACAAUUUAUAAACUUUACAAACUUUGUCCGACCACUUAUCACGCAUAAGUGUUAUAUCAUCGAAUUCGAAAAAUUAACAAGAAUAUUAACAAAAAUAUAAUUACGAUCAAAAUAAUUCGCUUUUUGUAAUAUUAAAUUAUAUUAUUGGAAAAUUAUAUAAUAUAGUACUAGUUAUAACAUAUGUGUAUAUAAACAAUACAUAACAGAUCGAUCAAUUACAGAAAUGGUAUAGACUGCCGGACAUACAAUUCAGAAGUUCCAGAUUCAAAGUUUGUUAGGAUUUGAAAACUAGUUUCGUAGCGAACUUCUAUCAUCAAAUUUGUUACAUAAUUAAAAUUUUGUGUCGUUAGUUUAACCAGAACAUGUAAUUAAAUUUAUUUGUUUAACACGUUCGUUACUAUGGUAUAUUCAAAGAACUCUCCGUACAGUCAAGGAUACCGAUUCAGUUACAUUUGCAGCAUGCUGACAGCGCGUAGAGGGGAUAACUCCCAUGUAUGCGUGCUCUGUCCGUGUGCGCCUUUCACUUCGGCUGAAGUGUGACCAUGAACAUAGUAUACCUAGACUCCGAAUGCCCUAUGUUCUAUCGUCUAAUAGAGUGAAGCCAACAUUAGAAAGAGAGCGAGAAUAGAGGGGCUAUAGUUUUCUUCCUAUUUUGUCACUUUUUUGUCGCGCGUCCAUCCAUUUCUCAUUUGCAUAAUAUUAUAGAGCGCAACAGCAUCCCGACUAGACCGGCAAGUAAACGUCCUUACUUAAAUCUGAUUGCUUGUGGACACUUUGUUUGUGGAAAAAGAGACAGAGAACAGACUGUAUAUAUUGGCUUCUCUUUUCUGACUGUAUGCGGAGUCUAUGUAUAUUAAGUCUAUGGUUUCUUUCUACAUGUUGAGUUCACUUUUCUAGCAAUAUGCGGGGUCCAUGUAUACUAUGUCCAUGAGUGUGGCUGAAGUGAGAGUCGCACACGGCAUUAAUACAUGGGAGCCAUCCCCUCUACGCACUGUCAGCGUGCUACAAAUGUAACUAAAUCGGCAUCCCUGCGUACAGUGCGUCUCGCAUUAUUGUUUUUACAUAAUUAUAUAAAACAGACUUAAUUUAAAAAUUCAGAAACAGAAAAAAAGUUCAUCAUUACAUAUAUAUAUAAUGUUGGUUUUUUAUGAUAAAUUUUUACGCCACAUAUGUGAUGUUGGUAGCGAACGUAUUAAUCAGAAUUUUAAAUUGUUAACUUUUCACCAAACAAUUUGUCUAAUAUAUGCAAAUUUUAAAUUAAUUCAACCAACUUUUUCCGUGUAAAUAUAGUAUUCAAUACUCUAUAUGUAUUUAGAAAAAAUAGAAAAUCAUACAUUUAUUAAAUAAACUACAUACUUUUACGGGAUGAAGUUGAAGAUUAAAGACAUACACUAAGUCAAGUGCUUUCGCUAUUAUACAGUAUGCUAGAAGGGUGAUAUGAAAAAAAUUAAAAAAAAAUAAAAUAAUAGAAGAAAAAAUGGACGCAUUAAUCACAUAAUUGCUUUUCUUCCUUCGUUCUCCCCAUUAACUGGACAAUUAGACAAGGAAAACAUAUUACUCUUUAUUGCUCACUCUUACAAAUAUUGACUUCAUCUUUUUUAUAACAAUGUGUAUAUUAUAUAUUUGGAAAAAAUAAACAAGUAAAAUGUUUGUAUGUUAUUUAAGAAAUGUAUACGAAC